AAUUUCUUUAGAGUGAAAGGAAAACAAAUAUACACUGAAGGAACGAGUAUUCGUAUAUUUAUGUAUUGUAUUUUAGUGCUUAUCAUCAUUAUAUUCGUCUUCGGAUCAUUUAUGAUUUAUCAGAAAACGAAAAGUUCCUCAUUACCAUGUAUUUCUGCUUCUUGCGUGGAUGCUGCAAUUGACAUUUUGCUUUGGAUUGACGAAUCUAUUGACCCAUGUGAAGACUUUUAUUCCUUUGUUUGUGGUCAAAAACAGAAAAAUUCAUGGAAACAAGGAAUAAUUUCCAAUAAGAUAAUAGAAAAACAGCGGAAAAUAGAUAAUGUUUUAAUAAACAUAUUUAAUAAAAAAAUGAUGAAUUUGACAGCAUCAAUUUCUCGAAAGGCCUUAAAUUAUUAUCAAUUCUGUCUUUAUCCAUAUAAAAGGAAUGAGAAAAAUAUGAUAUCUUACAUGAUAAAGGAAUUUGGGGGAUGGCCCAUAUUGAGAAAUUGGAAGGAAACCGGAUUUCUAUUCAGUGCGGUGGCAUCAGUAACUAAGUUAUCCAAACAUGGCCUUUUUGAAGUGGGAGUAACUUUAAACGGCAAAAAUAAAGCUGAAAAUAUAUUAAUGAUUAAACGUGUUCCGUCAGAUGACGUCACAAAUCAAACGAUAAUAGGUUUGACAUCAUAUCCUUCCGCCUAUCUCACCGCUUUUGAAAUCGAAGAAUUAGAACAAUUGCACGAAGCAAGAAAUUUUGAAGACGAAACUGAUCCUUACGGUUCACUAGAAAUAAUGACUAUUAAAGAAUUCGGCAAAAGAACCACAUUUGACAAAUGGAUCGACUUUUUUAAUAAAGUAUUAGAAGAUGCCAACAAGACUGUUACUGAGAGUGACGCCAUAGCAGUGUACAACGUCAAUUAUUUUAAAAAUCUUAUCGUGACCAUAAAUACAAAAUACAUUAGCGAAAGGUUAAGUUAAAUAAAUUAUAAUAUUACUAAAUAAAUUAAUAUAUAACAAUUUUAGAAAAAGAAUAUUUCACUCGGAGUGAGUACAAUUUCCUCAAGUUGCAGCUAAUAUUCGUAGAAUAGAAUAAUUAACCUAACGUUUAUCGUAUAUGGAUCAUAAUUAGUUAAGAUUUUAAAGUUGUAAAGAUUGGGAUCAAUUGAAAUUAUGCAUGAAAUAAUUCAAAAUUUACUGAUUUGGCUGUAAACGUUAAUUAAAACUUCUAAACUAUUGGGAAUUAACUAAUGAUUUUACUAAGUAAUACAUG